AUGCAUCCUGGGAAGCAGCAGUACGUGGUGGCCCGAGCGGCCUACUCGGAGGUUGGCUUCAAAGCUCAGCACCAACCAGUUGAGAGGUACCACAAAACCGCCCUGGACCAUGUGAGGAUGUACUUCAGAUGCUCCACUUCAAGGGUAAAGAGGAUCCUCCUCAGUCUGUUCCCGAUCGUCUCGUGGCUGCCGACGUACAGCUUGAAGGAAUGGCUCGUCAGUGACAUUGUGUCGGGGGUCAGCACGGGCCUCGUCUGUGUUCUACAAGGCCUGGCCUAUGCCCUCCUGGUGUCGGUCCCCGCUGGCUACGGACUGUAUGCAGCCUUCUUCCCCAUCCUGACCUACUUUUUCUUGGGAACGUCAAGACACAUCUCAGUCGGGCCCUUCCCGGUGGUGAGUCUGAUGGUGGGGACCGUGGUGGAGAGGAUGGUGACCGACGACAGCGCUGGGGCCAACUCCACCAUCUUCCCCGCUGACAUGAGCAAGGAAGAGAGGCAGGUAUGGGUGGCAGCCUCUGUCACCUUCCUCUCUGGCAUCGUCCAGCUGGCCCUCGGCUUCCUCCAGGUGGGCUUCAUUGUCAUUUACCUGUCGGACCCAAUGAUCUCUGGCUUCACCACCGCAGCUGCAAUCCACGUCCUGGUCUCCCAGCUCAAGUUUGUCUUCCAGCUGACCGUGCCUGGCUUCAGUGGGCCGCUUGCCCUCAUUUACACGCUGAAACACAUCUUCACUCACAUCACGGAGUCAAACGUCGCGGACAUCGUCAUUUCACUCAUCAUCAUGAGCGUUGUAUUCGUCUUUAAGGAAAUUAAUGAUCGAUUCAAGUCCAAGCUCCCUGUGCCAAUCCCCAUUGAGGUUAUCAUGACGAUAAUCGCCACGGGUGUCUCCUACGCAUUUAACUUCGAAGAGACCUACAGUGUCGACAUUGUUGGAAGUCUACCGAAGGGCUACCAGACACCCCUCCCGCCCAACACUGCCGUCCUACAGCAGAGCUUUGGAGACGCCUUCUCAGUCGCCAUCGUUGGUUUUGCUGUUGCGUUCUCAGUGGCCAAGGUUUACUCCAUUAAACAUGAUUACGUCAUCGACGGGAACCAGGAGCUGGUCGCACUCGGAAUCAGCAACAUGUUCUGCGGUGCGUUCCGUGGAUUUGCAGCAAGCACUGCUCUCUCCAGGACCGCCAUUCAGGAGAGCACCGGAGGAAAAACACAGGUUGCUGGUCUGCUCUCGGCUGUGAUCGUGAUGAUUGUAACUCUGGCCAUUGGAUUCCUGCUGGCCCCUCUCCCCAAGUCCGUUCUGGGAGCCAUCGUCAUCAUUAAUUUGAAGGGAAUGUUGAUGCAGUUCCGGGAGAUUGGACCUCUGUGGAAGAAAGACAAGUAUGACUGUCUGGUCUGGGUAAUAGCCUUCAUUGCCGCCGUUCUGCUUGGCCUCGACAUCGGGCUUGGUGCUGCCAUUGGAUUUGAACUGCUGACCAUCGUGUUCAGAACCCAGUUCCCACAGUGCUCCGUAUUGGCCAACAUCAACGGGACAGACCUCUACAGGAACAGGAAGGACCAUGUCAAUAUCUAUGAGCCGGAGGGAGUGAAAAUCUUCCGAUGCCCUUCACCCAUUUUCUUUGCAAACAUUGACUUCUUCCGGACCAAGCUGACAGAAGCUAUUGGGUUUAAUCCACUCCGGAUCCUCCGUAAGCGGAAUAAAGCCAUUCGAAAGAUCAAGAAAAUGCUUCAGAAAGGAGAGCUCAUGGCCACAACAAAGGGGUACGUGGAGACCGCGGAUGGACACCGCCCGAACGACUCGGACAACGAGAACGACAAGAACGAGGAGGACCCGGACGCCGCGCCCGACACGCGGGAGCUGCCGCUGCGGGUUGACUGGAGGUCGCUCCCCGCUGGGAUCCACGUCCCCGGGGUGGACACACACAGCAUCGUCCUCGACUUCGCUGCCGUCUCCUUCCUCGACGUGUCCGCCAUGAAGGGCUUGAAAUCGAUCCUGAAGGAAUUUGUCAGGAUUGAGAUCGAUGUUUACAUCGCUGCCUGCGAUGUGAGUCUCCUCCUGGAAAAAUUAGAAAGAUGUGGAUUCUUUGAUGAGGAAAUCACUCCAGAAAUAUUCUUCCUGACGAUCCACGACGCAGUGCUCUGUAUUCUGGACAGACACGACUCCAUCCAUACACUGAGCGUCAGCAAUGGAAAGGUGACCGAGGACAAGGAAAAAUUACAGGUCGAAGAAGAGUUAGGAAGAGAGACUGCUCGGUGCAGCCAAACACACAGUUCUGAAUCCCCGGGCACUGAAGCCUAA